AUCCCAAGUGUUUAGAUUUUCCGUAUAAAUAUUGGAUGUGACCGACUGAAUUGUAUCAUUGCUUCAGUUACUUUUAGUAAGACUAAAUCGUACACACUCGCAGCAACAUUAUGGCGUUUAAGAUGGUUGUACUGUUUGCCACCCUGGCCUGUGCCAGCGCUGGCUACCUGGAAGCUGACCACCACGCAGCUCACUACUCGCCAGCAUCCGCCGUCAGCUACAGCUCCAUCACCCGUGAACACCACCCAGUAAAGGUUGCCAAGACUGUAACCUACGCUGAACCGGCUGUCCACUACGCCGCCCCAGUCACCAAGACUUUGGCCUAUGCUGAACCAUCCGUCCAAUAUGCUGCUCCAGUUGCCAAGACCUUGGCUUAUGCUCAACCCGCUGUGCAUUACGCCACUCCUGUGGCCACCAAGACCGUCGCAUAUGCCCAGCCAUCAGUCCAGUACGUCCAAGAGCCAGCAUACACCAAGACCGUGGUUGCCGAGCCAGCUUAUGCCAAGACUGUUGUUGCUGCCCCAGCCUACACCAAGACGGUUGUUGCUCAACCAGCGUACGCCAAGACUCUGGCCUACCCAGCCACCUACGCCGCCCCAACUUAUGCCAAGACUUAUGCCGCUGAGCCAGUCUACUCUGCCCCAGUUGUUGCCUCCAAGACCCUUGCCUACAGCGCUCCAGUUGCCAAGACUUACGUCUCUGAACCAGUGUAUGCCAAGACCCUCGUUUCCGAGCCAGUCUACGCCAAGACCUAUGCUGCUGCUCCAGUUUACGCAAAGUCCUACGCUGCUGCUCCAGUCUACGCCAAGACCUACGCUGAUGCACCAGUCUACGCCAAGACCCUUGUUUCCGAGCCAGUCUACAGCAAGACCAUCGUCCAGCAGCCAACCUACCUGAAGACUGUUGCCCCACAGCCCGUGUACGCCCAUGCCGCUCCAGUUGUUGCUGCCAAGACUGUCAGCUACGCUCCAGAAUCCACUGUUUCUCACGUUAGCUUCCAGGAUGCUAGCGCUCACUACGCUUGGUAAAUUGAUACGGAAAUAGUUUCCAGGUCUUGCUGAUACUCAGGUAGAAAUAGAACAACGUGAUCAAUUUGUACAUAACCGCGAACCGCCGAAAAUGUUGAACGAUUUUGUUGAAUAAAGUUAAGAAGCUAAUGAAACAUUAACAAA